UCAACUCUAUCCUCGCACCCACAUCUCACAAAAUAAACAUGUUCGGUCUCCGCGCUUGGCCCACUCCUGUCGUUAAGCCUCUCUGGCCCUUCAUGAUUUCCGCCGUCAUCACCACCGCCGGUAUCUGGGCUGUCCAGGAGAAGGCCGUCAGUACCCCUGACGCCCUUAAGGACCCCAAGAACCCUUUUGCUGCUUCCAAAGCCAAGCAGAACGCCCACUAGAUGGGGAUCAUAUGAUGAUGCAGCGAAAUUGAAGAAUUGCUAUGUUUUGGGACCAUGCUGCAUCAUAAGAACGUACAGAUCGCCAAAAGGAAUCGUAUGCAGGCUGGAGGACAAGAUGCUAAUUUAUGGAAGGGUGGCUUCGAAAUGUGCAUCUUGGUCGGCGAAGCUAUCUGGGAUUACAUCAGCAUCCAUUUACGACCUAUUCAGCUUGAACUAACCUCUUCAACCUUCUCAAGCCCGAAACAUCCUUCAGCUUAUCGCCGGCACUCGAUCACGUUAUGGUUCACAACGUCUGGUCAUUUUGUCACUUAUCAUACUCACCUUGAGUGUGUCGUUCUACUCGUUUUGGAUGGCUCUUCAACGGCAAACUCUACUCGCUAUGGGCGCGUAAACUCAGACACAAAAUUUUGUCUUCUAAUAAAAUUGCCCUACUUAAUAAGUAUUGUGCAACAUAUCAGCUGUCAGUCAAGGGGAUCAGCCAGUUCAAGGUGUUCUUCGUUAACGAGGUAAAACUGCGCAUACAUAACGAUGGGGAUUCAAUGUCGUGAUUGAAUGAUACAGCUGAAUAAAAACUACAUCAUAACUGACGGUAGGGGUCAUAUGGCUGGAUCAUUAUUAAUAAUUAAUUAAGGACCCGUUUGUGGUUGCGGUGAGCGUGUCACGAAGAUUCGAAGGGAAGGGCUGUAAUAAGGAGUGUAGUCUAUGGCGGCUUUCGUAUGCGAAUUUAACCACAAAAGGCUACAUCGGAAAUUGUAAAUUGUAUAUGUAUGAAC